GUGGGCCACAGGGACUUUGAUGUGGAGAAGAGACUGAGGAGAGAUCUGAAGAGAACCCAUGCUCUGCUGGUUGAUGCUCAGCUGCUACUGUCUACCAUAGACAACCCUGGACACAGCCAGGCACCCGGCAGCAAGGAACACAUAGAGCGCCUGCACUGCCAGGUAAACACACACCUACACACCUACACACGCAAACACACACACAUACUAUGAUGUUAUGAAUGUGGAUCAAGGCGUGUUUAAAAUCACAAUCAAAACAUACCCCCCCCCCCCCUCUCUCUCUCUCCCUCCCUCUAUUGCUCUCUCUUUCUCUCUCCAUCUCUCUCUCUGUCAGUUGGAGGAGAGUGAGGCAAGGAGAGCGGAUGUGGAGAGUGUUCAGAAGACUCUGUCCAUGGAACUGGAGAAUGCUCAGAUAGAACUAGAGAACAUCUGCAAACACAAGAGUCUGGUGCGAGAGUUAGAGGACUAGACUCUUACUACAAACUGUUACUAUAUCAUUAUCAGUUGUGUUCGGGAACUUUAACAUCAAAGUGUUACAAUCCUACUGUGAGGACAACAGUCUAGUGGAGAGAGUAGUUUAAAAGUCUGUGUGUUUAUGUGUAGGUGGAUGAGCAGUUAGCUCAGCUGCAACAUGACAAGUCAGAUCUGUUGAAGAGACUAGAGGAGGACCAGGAGGACCUCAAUGAACUCAUGAAGAAACACAAAGCCCUCAUUGCACAGGUGGGUAUCUCUGCCUCAUAGUGGCUCCAAACCAUGUAGAAAGACUUUGACAGUUGUGGUUUUCAAAUUAAAGAUGAUCAAAACAUUACCUUUCUCUAUCUCAGUCCUCCAGUGAUAUUUCUCAGAUCAGAGAGUUACAGGCUGAACUGGAGGAGGUCAAGAAACAGAGACACACACUCCAGGAAGAGGUAAGGACUGAGCUGAGUAAAAUUGGGGAGAUGGUGAACUACAUAUGCUGUUAAUGUGGAUACGAGACUCUCUGAUAACCUACUCUGACAUUCCUCUUGUCCUUCCGUCACUCCUCCUUUCUCUUCCUCUCCUACCCCCAGCUCGCAACCAGUAUGGCCAGGGUGCAGUUUCUGGAGUCAUCCACCGUGGGGCGUAGUAUCGUCAGUAUGCAAGAGGCCAGGGUGUGUGACCUGGAGAACAAGCUGGAGUUCCAGAGAGGACAGGUGAAGAGGUUUGAGGUGAGGAUGUUAAAAUGGACAGGAAACAAUCUAGUUGACUUAUCUUUACACACUCUUUCGUUCUCUCUAUUUCUCUUUCUGUCCCUGUCAUAUCUCUCUCUUUCUCUCAAUUCAAUUAAAUGUAAUGGUGCAAUAUCGGCAUGACGUACAUAUUGCCAAAGCUGAAAUUUAGAAAUAGUAAAUUAAAAUAAUGUCUUAGAAAAAUGUCUCCUGUCUCUCUGUAGGUGUUGGUGCUGCGUCUGAGGGAUAGUGUGGUGCGUCUGGGAGAGGAGCUGGAGCAGAGUGCCCAGACAGAGGUCAGGGAGAGAGAGAACAGUCAGUACUACCAGCAACGCCUCCACGACAUGAGACAUGAG